CCUCUUUAAAACCUCAUCCUUCAAAACUCUUUUCCUCCCUCAAGAUCAAAAACCCUUCGAACAUCUAAAUGAGUAGCAGCAGCAGCUGGCGAUCGCUCCUGUUGCGGAUCGGCGACAAGUGUCCCGAGUACGGCGGAUCCGUCGACUUCAAAGAACACAUCGAUACGUGCUAUAAUGUGCUGUUGCGCGAGUGGGAGAAUUCUAAAGAUGACAUCUUUGAGCUUCUUCUUCAAUGUGCAGAGCAGCUGCCCCACAAGGCUCCUUUCUACGGCGUAUUGGUUGGCUUAAUUAAUUUGGAAAAUGAGAACUUUGCUAAACAAGUUGUAGAUAUUACCCACUCAAGGUUCCAGGAUGCAUUAUAUUCUGGAAAUUGUAAUAGGAUUCGCAUACUGUUGCGGUUUCUAACAGUGCUGAUGUGCAGCAAUGUUGUCCAACCAGAUUCUUUAGUUGGGAUCUUCGAAAUUCUGUUAUCUUCUGCUGCCACUACAAUAGAUGAUGAUAACGGGAAUCCUUCUUGGCAGUCACGUGCUGACUUCUAUGUCACUUGUAUCCUAUCCUCUCUUCCAUGGGGAGUUGCAGAGCUGAUUGAGCAAGUUCCUGAAGAGUUUGAGAGAGUCAUGGUCGGAGUGCAAUCUUAUUUAAGUAUCCGAAGCCAUUCUCCGGAGAUGGGCUCCAAAGUCUUUGAGUUAGAGGAAGAUGAGGCUCUUGAAAGAAAGGAUUUUCUAGAAGAUCUAUGGGACCGCAUACAGGUCCUUUCUAGUAAUGGCUGGAAAGCUGAAAGUGUUCCAAGACCACACUUGUCAUUUGAGUCGCAGUUGGUGGCUGGAUCAUCUCAUGGUCUUUCUCCUAUUAGCUGUCCGGAGUUACCUGCUAUCUCGUCAUCACGUUCUGCAAUUGCUUUUGAAAAAGAAAAGUAUGAAGCUAUGUUGAAGUACCCACAAAGGCUUCAUAGGCUCAACAUAUUUCCUUCCAGUAAAGCUGAGAUCAUGCAGCCUAUUGAUCGCUUUGUUGUAGAGGAAUAUUUACUGGACGUGUUACUUUUUUUUAAUGGGAGCCGCAAGGAAUGUGCUUCCUUCAUGGUGAGCCUCCCUGUACCCUUUCGCUAUGAAUACCUGAUGGCAGAGACCAUUUUUUCCCAGCUAUUGUUACUACCUCGAGCACCAUUUAAGCCAUUAUACUACACAUUGGUCAUUAUUGAUCUUUGCAAGGCUCUUCCUGGGGCAUUUCCUUCUGUGGUAAUAGGAGCAGUCCAUGCUUUGUUUGACAGAAUUGCUGAUAUGGAUAUGGAGUGUCGCACAAGGCUUAUAUUAUGGUUUUCUCAUCACUUAUCAAAUUUUCAACACGUUUGGCCUUGGGGAGAAUGGGCUUAUGUUAAAGACCUCCCCAUAUGGGCCCCUCAACGAGUUUUUGUUCAAGAGGUAUUGGAAAGAGAAAUCCGGUUAUCGUAUUGGGAUAAAAUUAAGCAGAGUGUAGAAAAUGCCCCAGAACUAGAAGAGUUGCUUCCUCCAAAAGAUGGACCAAACUUCAAGUACAGUAGCAAUGAUGGUGGAGAAAACACAGGGCAUGCACUUUCUUCAGAAUUUAGCAGUAUGGUAAGGGCAAGAAAAAGUGUACAACAACUUAUUUCAUGGUUAGAAGAAAGUAUCAUUCCACCACAUGGCCACAGAUUUGCAAUUGAAGUUGUAAUCCAGACUCUUUUGGACAUUGGUUCGAAGAGUUUCACUCAUUUAAUUACCGUUCUUGAGAGAUAUGGUCAAAUUAUUGCCAAACUUUGUCCUGAUCAUGAUAGUCAAGUUCUUCUGAUAGAGGAAGUUAGCUCCUACUGGAAGAGUAGUUCUCAAAUGAUCGCUACUACGAUUGACCGAAUGAUGGGUUACCGCCUCAUAUCAAAUCUGGCAAUUGUCACUUGGGUUUUCUCUCCAUCCAAUGUUAACUACUUCCAUCUUUCAGAUAGACCAUGGGAGAUCCUUAGAAACACAAUCAACAAGACAUACAAUCGAAUCACUGAUCUCAGAAGUGAGAUUCUGUCACUUGAGAAGAGUGUGUCAUCAGCAGAGGAAGCUACAAUCAAAGCUCAGAAAGAGCUUGAGGCUGCUGAGGCGAAACUUGAACUGGUUGAUGGCCAGCCUGUACCUGCUGAGAAUUUGGGGAGGUUAAAACGGCUUAGAGGGUAUGCUUCAAAAGCAAAAGAUGAAGAAACAUCUUUACGGGAAUCCUUAGAAGCUAAGGAGGCUCUCUUUGCUCGGGCUCUUGAAGAAAACAAGGCACUUUUUUUGUCACUAUACAAGAACCUUGGAGAUGUGCUGAAGGAAAGAUUGCCUCCUGUAUCUGCCGAAGGAAAAUUGCCUAAUUUAAAGGCUGCUCAUGUGGAAAGCGUGGCUAUGGACACUGAAGAGCCACCAGCAAUGGAUGUUGACCAGGAUAAUGGCAAAACCUCCAGUCAGAAAAAUGGCGAAAGGAUUACUAAUGGCUACAACAUUGGGGAGCGAGAGCAGUGGUGUCUAACGACAUUGGGCUAUGUCAAGACCUUUUCAAGGCAGUAUGCAACUGAGAUUUGGCCUCAUAUUGAAAUGCUGGAGGCGGAGGUGUUUGUUGAAGAUGCCCAUCCGCUGUUCAAGAAAGCUGCUUAUGUUGGGCUUUGCAGGCGAAGCUGAUUGACUUAAUCGACUUGUUGUAUACUUGUUGAAAUUCUAAUACGCAUUCAGUUGUAACAAGUAUAUCUGUAAACUGUCUCGCUGUGGGUUCACUAUCUGCUAGUAGCGCCCUUCGAACUCUUUUUAUUUGCUCCCAGGCUUUCAGUUAUAAGCACUUUCUACUGUCAUCCUAGUCUCCAUAUCCUUGUCCAAGGGUAUGCACGACAGCAGAAUUAGAGGAAAGCCUGAAAAAGUUCACAAUCGAGAGGCAUCAAAAUGUUUUCAAUUAUGAGAUGAUGGCAGUGCUCAUCAGGAAAAAGUAACCCCUCUUGAGAUGUCUUGUCAAUUGCAUUGCUGCGGGCAUCUCUUAUGAUAAGGUGGCGUAAGAUAUUUUGUGACC